CACAUCAAUCCAAAAGAAAAUGUUAUCCAGAAACGUUUGUAAAAAAUCUAAAGCUAGCUUGAGAUUGAUCAACUCUGCCACUACCACUAGUAGCAGUAGAUCAUUUAGCACUCAAAGCAAUGUCAAUUUGGCACCAACUCUUCCACCAUGUGAUCACAAGCCACAACCAUAUACUGGUCCUUCCUUUGAAGAAGUUGAAAGAUUGAGAAAGACCUACCUCACACCUGGUCUCUUGACUUAUUAUCAAAAACCAAUCAUGAUUGUUGAAGGAAAGAAGCAAUAUGUCUUUGAUGAUAAGGGAAAGAGAUAUUUGGACUUUUUCGGUGGUAUUGUUACAAUUUCUGUUGGACAUUGUCAUGAUGAAAUUGUCAAGGCUGGUACUGAACAAAUGAAAAAGUUAAUGCACAUUACUAAUAUUUAUUACAAUCCACAAAUUGCUGAGUUUGGUAAGGAAUUGGCUGACAAGAUGCCUGGCAAUUUGAAGGUCACUUACUUUGUAAACUCUGGUAGUGAAGCAAACGAUUUGGCCUUGUUGAUGGCUAGACUCUACACCAAGAAUACAGACAUCUUGGCUUUGCGUAACUGUUACCAUGGUAUGUCUUAUGGUACUAUGGGUGUUACCUCAUUGUCAACUUGGAAAUUCCCAGUUUCACAAGGUGAUGGUAUCAAGCACGUUUUGGCUCCAAAUCUCUACCGUGGUCCAUUCCGUAGUGAUGAUCCAAAGGCUGCCGAUAAGUACCAUUGGGAUGUCCAAAAUGUUAUCGAACAAUGUACUCCAGGUGUUGUUGCUGGUUGGAUCAGUGAACCUAUUCAAGGUGUUGGUGGCAGUGUUGAAAUGCCAAAGGGAUAUUUGAAGAAGGUAUACGAAACUGUCAGAAAGCAUGGUGGUGUUUGCAUUGCUGAUGAAGUUCAAACUGGUUUUGGUAGAACUGGUACUCAUUACUGGGGAUUUGAAGCUGAAGGAGUUAUGCCUGAUAUUGUUUCAAUGGCUAAAGGUAUUGGUAAUGGUGCUCCAUUGGCUGCUGUUGUUACUACUCCAGAAAUUGCCAAGACUGUUGCUUCAAAGAUUCACUUCAAUACUUAUGGUGGUAAUCCAGUUUCAUCUGCCAUUGGUCGUGCUGUCCUUCGUGUCAUUGACAAGGAAGGUUUACAAAAAAAUUCAUUGGAAAUGGGUAAUCUCUUAUUGGAAGGAAUGAAGAAACUCCAACAAAAGUAUCCAAUCAUUGGUGAUGUUAGAGGAAAGGGUUUAAUGUUAGGUAUGGAACUCGUCAAGGAUAGAACCACUUUGGAACCAGCUAAGGAAGAAACUGCCAAAGUUUUCGAAAGAAGUAAGGAAUUAGGUUUGUUGUUGGGUAAGGGUGGAUUGUACGGAAAUGUUUUCAGAAUUAAGCCACCUAUGAAUAUUACCAAGGCUGAUGUUGAAUUUGCUUUAGCUGUCAUGGAUCAAGCUUUCUCUGAAUUGUAAAAAACCUGUAUCAUUAACUCAAUGUAAUAGUAAUACUCUUUGGACUAUUUGACCAUUCCGUAAAUAUGUGAAUAAUAAACUUGGAAAUCUUUUGAAAUUUCAUCUC